GCGGCGCGGUGCCAGCCCGUCGACAUCCCCAUGUGCCGGGGCAUCGGGUACAACCUGACCCGCAUGCCCAACCUGCUGGGCCACGAGAGCCAGCGCGAGGCCGCCCUGAAGCUGCACGAGUUCGCCCCGCUGGUGGAGUACGGCUGCCACGUCCACCUGCGCUUCUUCCUCUGCUCCCUCUACGCGCCCAUGUGCACCGACCAGGUGAGCGCCAGCAUCCCCGCCUGCCGCCCCAUGUGCGAGCAGGCCCGCCACAAGUGCGUCCCCAUCAUGGAGCAGUUCAAUUUCGGCUGGCCCGAGUCGCUCGACUGCGGCAAGCUGCCCACCAAGAAUGACCCCAACGCCCUCUGCAUGGAGGCCCCUGAGAACGCCUCGGCUGCCGAGCCCCACAAGGGCCAGGGCAUGCUGCCCGUGGCCCCCCGGCCCUGGCCGCCGGGCGCCGCUGCCGAGGGCCGGGGGCCCAACGGCCUGGGUGCCUGCGACAACCCCGAGAAGUUCCAGUACGUGGAGAAGAGCCUCUCCUGCGCGCCCAGGUGCUCCCCCGGGGUGGACGUCUACUGGUCCCGGGAGGACAAGGACUUUGCCUUCAUCUGGAUGGCCGUCUGGUCCACCCUCUGUUUCGUCUCCACCGCCUUCACCGUCCUCACCUUCCUGCUCGACCCCCACCGCUUCCAGUACCCUGAGAGGCCCAUCAUCUUCCUCUCCAUGUGCUACAACGUCUACUCCAUGGCCUUCAUCAUCCGCUCGGUGGCAGGGGCCGAGAACAUCGCCUGCGACCGGGAGAAUGGCGAGCUCUACAUCAUCCAGGAGGGGCUGGAGAGCACGGGCUGCACCAUCGUCUUCCUCAUCCUCUACUACUUCGGCAUGGCCAGCUCGCUCUGGUGGGUCAUCCUCACCCUGACCUGGUUCCUGGCCGCCGGGAAGAAGUGGGGACACGAGGCCAUCGAGGCCCACAGCAGCUACUUCCACAUGGCCGCCUGGGGCAUCCCGGCCAUGAAGACCAUCGUCAUCCUCACCAUGCGGAAGGUGGCAGGGGACGAGCUCACGGGGCUGUGCUACGUGGGGAGCAUGGACGUCAGCGCCCUGACCGGCUUCGUCCUCAUCCCCCUCUCCUGCUACCUGGUCAUCGGCACCUCCUUCAUCCUCACGGGCUUCGUCGCCCUCUUCCACAUCCGGAAGAUCAUGAAGACGGGUGGCACCAACACGGAGAAGCUGGAGAAGCUGAUGGUGAAGAUCGGGGUCUUCUCUAUCCUCUACACCGUCCCGGCCACCUGCGUCAUUGUCUGCUACUUCUACGAGCGGCUGAACGUGGAUUACUGGAACCUCAGGGCCCUGGAGCGCGGCUGCCUGCACCUCCCUGGCCGGCGUGCCGCCAACUGCUCCUUGGAGGCCUCGGUGCCCACUGUGGCCGUCUUUAUGCUAAAGAUUUUCAUGUCGCUGGUGGUGGGCAUCACCAGCGGGGUGUGGGUAUGGAGCUCCAAGACGCUGCAGACCUGGCAGAGCCUGUGCAACAGAAAGCUGGGCGUGAGGACGAGGGGCAAGCCCUGCAGCGGGGUGAGCUGCGGCGGGGGGCACUGGGCCGGUUCUGGCACCCGCCGCCUCCCGGCUGCGGAGGAGGAUUUUCCUGCGCUGUCACACUAA